AUGGGUAAUACAGUUGGAGCACCAAUAGUCUCUGACUAUCUGGAGGAUGAGAUAGGUCCAAUAGUAUCACAACAAUCAAUAGGCAACAGUAGAUUCCUCAAGACACUCAAGGCUAUUCAUGACACCGAAGGUCCUGUCAUUGUAAAGAUAUACAAGAAGAGACUGUCUAAAGAGCUCCUUGAGAGGUACAAAGUUCAGCUUGAAGAGAUAAAGGGAGCAUUUGAGAACACUCAUUCAUUGAACUUGAUGCCUUAUCAGAGCUUUGUGGAGACAGAGAGAUCAGGAUACUUGAUUAGACAAUACUUUCACAAUAACUUGUAUGAUCGAUUGACUAGUACAAGACCAUUCCUCUCAUUGAUCGAGAAGAAGUUCAUAGCGUACCAGUUGCUUCAAUCGCUCAAUCAGGCGUUCUUCAAGGGCGUGUGCCACGGCGACAUCAAGUGCGAGAAUGUUAUGGUCACGACCACCAACUGGAUCUACCUGGCCGACUUUGCUUGCUACAAGCCCACACAUAUCCCCGAGGACAACCCGGCCGACUUCUCAUUCUACUUUGACACGAGCGGACGCCGCACGUGCUACAUCGCGCCCGAGCGCUUCUACGAGUCGAACAAGGGCCCGCCCGUCGAGAGCGAGCUGACUAACAAGAUGGACAUCUUCUCGGUGGGCUGUGUGAUUGCUGAGCUGUUCCUCGAGGGCCAUCCCAUCUUUGACUUCUCCCAGAUGCUGUCUUACCGUCGCGGCGACUACAACCCCGAGCUGAUCAUUCGUCGCAUUCCCGACAUCCACAUCCAAUCGCUCAUUCUGCACAUGAUUCAGCGCGAGCCCGACGAUCGCUACUCGCCCGAGCGCUACAUCACGCUGUGGACCGAGAAGGCCUUCCCCGUCUACUUCCCCUGGGUGCACCAGUUUAUCUCGAGUCUGAUGCGACUGGAGCACGACGAUCGCAUCAACUGCAUCAGCGAUCGUCUCGACGAGAUCAUCCAAAUCUUCACCUGUCGUCCCAAGGCCACGCCCAACACUCCUCUCUCAUGGUCCACUCCCUCCACUCCAAACAUUGGUCCAGCCAAUCAAUCAAAUCUAAAGACAUCAGGUACAUUGCAAUCAGACAACAACAGUACAACGACAGCGACUACGACUACAGCGACAACAGUGUCCAACACAACAACAAAGACAACACAACAACUGGACAACAAUAACAACAACAACAACAAUGUAAAGCAACAUCAAGCAGUUCAGAACUUGUCCAACAUGUCAAACAUAAUAUUGGAGACAAACAUGUUCAUCAAGGAUUGCAACAACAUGUCGACUACGGCAACGUCAGUCUCAUCGACCAGGGCACAGCAGACCGACACAACAACAACAUCUGGCACAAUCAGGGACACUAUGGUCUCGACAUCGACAUCGUCAACAUUGACCACUCAGUCAAGCUCGUUUACAAACUUGCCACAACUGAAUGUGGAGGACUUGGCAGCAGCAGCAUCAACAACAGCGACACCAAAGAUCGUCGAGGGAUUGGACCUCUUGCUGGCCAUACUCUACUCGGCGCUGCGACACUGCCAGCACCCACAGACCAAGCUCAAGUGUGUUGGCUCCCUCUUUGUCAAGAUCGCCCAGCAUCUCGAUGAUGAGUGCCGUCUGCAAAAGAUCGUGCCCUACAUCAUGAGUAUGAUCUCUGAGGACCAGCCCACACUGGUGCGUGUCGAGGCCCUGCGCUCGCUCUCCAAGGUGUUGGAGAUGGUGCAGACGUUCCCUCCAAGCGACUCGCUGAUCUUUUCGCAGUACAUCCUGCCAUCGCUCACACAUGUCACUGAGGGUGCGUCCGAAGAGAUGGACCGCAUUGCAUUCGCCCAGAUUCUACCACAGCUGGCCACCACUGCCAAGCGAUUCCUGGAGAUAGCACAACAUUAUCGAGACUCUGAAGGCAUGGAGCGAAAGGAUCUUCAAAAGUACAAGGUCUACGAUGCCGAGCUUUCCGAGCUCCAAGACCUCUUCUACUCCAAAGUCAAUGACCUACUGACCAAGGAUUCAUGUAACACUGUCAAGCGAAUCAUAUUGAGUGAUAUAUAUAGGCUAUGCGUGUUCUUUGGACGACAAAAGACGAAUGACUUGGUGCUGCCGCUGAUAACGACCUUUUUGAACAGCAAGGACUGGCAGCUGCGAUGUGCCUUCUUUGAGAACAUUGUGGCUGUGUGUACAGUGGUCGGCGCAGGCAGUUUGGAAUCAUUCAUCUAUCCAAUGACAUUGGAAGCCUUGACUGACGAGGAGGAGUUUGUCACGGAGAAGGCGCUGACCAGUCUGUCAGAGCUGUGCGAGUUGGGUCUGUUCCGCAAGGCCAUCCUGCUGGAGCUGUUGGCCAAGUCCACGCCAUUGUUGCUGCAUCCCAACACAUGGAUACGAUAUGGGGUGAUCUCACUCAUCACAAAGAUCGCUGGUAAGCUGUCCAAGACGGACUUUUACUGCUACGUCAAGCCGCGCGUAUCUCAAUUCCUCGUGGCAGACGUCAGCGACAUCAUCAGCGAGGACAACCUGCUACAGCUACUCAUCUCGCCAAUCUCGCGUGAAUCAUUCAACAAGAUGGUCAACCCGAACAAUCGCCGCGACUUCCCCUCAUCGCCCCCGCCUCAACAGUUUAGCGAGGCGCCACUCUCCAACAAACCACUGUCCAACAACAACUCUAGUAGUGGCGUAGGAAGCAAUGGCCGAAUGAAGGAGAUUGUGAACGUGAUCAAUGCCAACAAGAGUGUGACCUACGAUUCGACCGACGAGUACACGCUGUUCUUGGUCGAGCUGGGAAUCCCCGACGAGGACCACCCAAAGAUCAUCAAGAUCUUUGACUACUUCCUCAGCAAGAAGCUGAUAUACAAGUCUGAUGACGAGAAGAUCAUCGAGAAGCAGAAUCCGCCAGUCGUGCGUGUGGCCAAGGCUCGCAGCGAACCAGACGCAAAGUCACCUGCGCCAGGUAACUUGCCAUCGCCUGUCAGCACACCCGUGCCACCAAAGAGCAGUGGUAACAGCGCUGCCGUUGUCCAAGAGUCUGUCGUCAACCCGGCCGACUUGAGCGUCGUAACCAAGAAGUUCACACUGAAUCCACGCGUCUACAACACGCCCUCGUCGACCACGGCCAACGCGCUGACGGUCGAGGUCAACACUGAGCUGUACAUCCGCCCGCCCCCUGGCAUGCCAGACCUGGGCAGCUUCUCUGAGUACGGCGUGAUGAGCCAGCCACAGUCACUCACACAGUGGCGCCCCAGCGGCAUUCUGGUCAGCCACUUCACCGAGCAUCGCGACGCUGUCAACGAGAUUCAGGUCAGCAACGACAACCUGUUCUUUGCGACGGCCAGUAACGACGGCACCGUCAAGAUCUGGGACUGUCUGAGGAUGGAAAAGCGUGUUACCAACCGCGCCAGACAAACCUACACGCAAGAGGGCCGCGUCACCUCCAUCUCAAUCUGUGAGAAGUCGCACACGAUUGCUUCGGCCAGCGACAAGGGAUCGAUUCACAUCUUCAAGGUGGAGAUUGGCGGCAAGCAAAAGAAUGAGAACCUUAAGUACUCUGGCUUGUCCACCGUGAGGAACCUCACAGAGCUCGAGGGCAAUAUCGUCUCGGUCGAUCAUUACUCUACCAACUCGGCAUCGAUCGUCACAUACGCCACCAGCAAGGGUGGCAUCCACGGUUGGGACCUGCGCUCAAAGCAGGACGCCUUCCUGCUCAACAACGAACUCAGUCUCGGCUUAAUCCAAUCAUUCCUCAUUGACCCAGCACGCAACUGGUUUGUCACAUGCACAAGCAGAGGCUUCCUCACGUGCUGGGAUCUGCGUUUCAAGAUCCCUCUCUACAGUCACCGCAUCACCAAUGGACGUAUCUUCAAGAUGUCACCAUACUUUGGCACCAAGUUCACAUCAGAAAGCUGGAUCUUCUUGGCGUCGGACAGCAAGGACAAUGUGAUCGUAUGGGAUCUCGCAUCCAAACAAGUGACCAGGAUAUUCAGACGAUCAUUCGCACCCGAACUCAAUCAGGUCGUUGUCGACCCAUCGAUCAAUCUGCCAAUGGCACAAUCACAAACCUCCACCUCGAUGUCAACGUCUACAAACAACAACAACCCUCUGUCAUCAUCGUCGAUGUUCUCCAACACACCCGGUGGCCCUGGCGUCAGCACAUUAUCAGAGUAUGACUUUGGCAUUGACAAUAUUAGACCAACACCAAACACACCAACAUCUACAAGACUCAACAGUCCAAUGGGCAACUCCACAUCCAAUCUCCCAUACCUUAGUGGCGCAAACACACUGUCCGAUUCGACCAUCGGUGGAUCAGCUCUGGACUCAAGCACCAUCCUAUCCUCUCAACAAGACAGCAACGCUAACAAGAAGACACCCUCUGUCCGCGCUAUCCUCAGUCCUCCAAACUGUUCAUAUCUCAUCACUGCUGGAGAUGACAAGAGAAUCAAGUAUUGGGACUGGGACAAUCCAAAUCAAUCAUACUAUGUAUCACAGGGCAAGGAGGCACCGAUGCCACAUUCGCACAAGGUCAGCUUCAUCGCACAACAAGGUACACAGAUCAACGAGGAGAUUUGGGAUGCCAAUCCAUCAGCCACAUACGCCACCUAUGGACAAUCACCAUCGUCACGUUCCAAACAAAAGGUGCCAUUGAUGCCAACUAUACAUCAUCAAGAGACCAUCAUGGACCUAAAGGUGAUGGAAGUGCCACAACCAAUGCUUAUAUCGGCCAGUGCCGAUGGUAUUGUCAAGAUAUGGAAGUAA